UAUCUCUGCCACAAACUAGGGAGCUUCAGAGCCCCAUACGAACCAUCGCUGUUCCCGUCAGUCUUAGCUCAGCCUUACUGCUCGUCGCUUCCUCGAUCGCCGGGAAUUAGAAACCGAUUCCGUCACCUUCGCCCGAGAUCGAAUAUCCAAACAAGUCAUUAUGAAGUUCUACCUGUUGGUGAUCGCUGCCGUGUCGUUUCUGACGUACAUCAGCUGUGGCAUGGCCAAGACUCAAUCGAAACGCUCCGUUCCCCUCGCUCAAUUCGCAGAUGGCUGUAUCCAGUGCAACUCCAAGGACAACGAGCGCUGCGCCACCGACCCGCUGAGCCUCCUGAACCGCAACUGCUCCGAUGGAACCUCCAACUGCUACUCCCGCGUCCUGAAUGGCUACACAAUCCGCGGAUGCGCCGUCGACCUGGACAACGCCACGCGGAACUCGUGCACCAACGAGCUGGAGUGCCAGCUGUGCACCUACACCGAGGGCUGCAACCGGAACACCUUCCCGCUGUCCCGGCUGCAGUGCCUCCAGUGCUCCGGCAACUCGACGAGCUCCAGCUGCGCCACGGAGACCUAUGCGGCGGCCAAGAUCUGCCCGAUCUACAAGUUCGGCGACCAGUGCUACAUCCGCAACAGCAACCGCACCGCGGAGGGCACCUUCCAGCGCGGAUGCCUCUCCUCGGCCACCGCCAAGAAGCAGUGCGUCAAGCCCGGCAACUGCUUCGUCUGCGACGGCCGCGCCUGCAACUUCCUGCACGCCAACGACACCCUGAUUCCCCUGGCCCGCGACUCCGGCGUCCAGCUGGUCCUGUCCCUGUCCCUGGUGAUCGCCGGACUCCUGGCCACCUGGGGGCUGUAAGGAGCCGUGAGCCAGUGGCUGAGCUUAGUCCCCCCAUCCCCCCAGCUGCCUGGGCUCCAUCUGUAGCCUCAUCUUCGACUUUCAGCGGCAUUUUAUCCGAUAAAUGUGUACUUUUCUAGCGGCUUUGCCUUGAACAAAAAUAAAAGUUACAACCUAAAUGCGGCAAAAA